AUGCUAAAAGGUUCGUUGUUUGCUCAUGUGGAUUACACUAGUCCCGGUGACAGACCGCCAAAGAGUUGGGGAAGACCACCCCAUGCGCCCCAAAUCUAA